UAUAUAUUUCAAUUGUCUCAUCGUCUUCAUUGUCAGUCAUACCAAAGAUUCAAUUACUCGUCGAUCAGGAGUGAUUUCGAAAAAAUAUCAUGUAUUAUUUCGGUGUUUUUGCGUUUAUUCUUAUCUGCCUCAACAGAGCUGCAACAACGGAAACGACUCAGGGGAAUUGUGCCUGUGCGGUGUUUGCAGUAUCGUUAUCGAACCAACCAUUGAUGGAGCACAAAUUUCCACUGAACGUGUCAUGCGACGAGGAAGGUUCAGAAAAAUGUCUGGCACUCUGCACAGCUCUCGCUGAAGGAGUGAAAAAACAAGCUCCUGCUUUAAUUUGCGAGAAAUUAAACAGGCACGUGGAAAAUUUAAAGGUUUCGGUACAUACGAGAGUCUGUAACAUGGGAGACUGGAAGUUCACGGGUCUUGAAAUGACCCAAGGAAUUUGUUGUCACGAAGGAAAAGACACAGAGUGCCGACCUCGACCAAGAAAAUGAAUUUUCCCUGAUGUCUCCAUCUUCGGUCCCCUCACGUUUUCUUCCAAUAAAUCAGACGCUAAAUACUUAAUUCAUACGACGACUGGCUACGUGUAAAAGGAUCCUCUCUGGACUGAAACGGAGAAAAAAAAUCCCGUUGACAUUUGCAACGCUUCGAACCAACGAAAUUCUCAAAACGAGAUUCGAAAAGCAAAUGUACCCAUUCAAUAAUUAGUUUAUUUCGAGUUCAAUUAUUUAAAAAAACAACAUAUAUUUUGUCUUGUUCCAACGAUGCAAAAUUCGCCACCAUAUACGUGUUUUUUUGUGCUAAACAUUUGCAUUAUUUAUCUAAUAAAGUGCUUGUAAAUUUGAUAUCUUUCAUACAACAAUAAACAAGGACAUCUCCGAAUGUAA